AAGAAAGCUUAUUGGUUUAGUGCUAGAUAAUUCUCGUGGUCAUUUCUCAUGUGUAAUUUCAAAACAGUUCUCAGGGUUUAUUAUUAUGGAGAGACCUACAGUCACUUACAGGAGCAUCCUUACAGUUGAAAGAUCUUGUCUAAACUGUGAAGUUUCACCCACCCUGAUCUCACCCAAUUAACAAAACAAUCAGCGCAAUCAGCCUGACAGUAUUGGCCAGACUUUCAUUGAGACAAAAGGCACAGCUUAGCAUUUGCAUUACUUUGGGAGCCUGUCCGAUGGUCAGGAUUUGCAUAUAAACAAUAGGCUGAUGUCUCGUACUCUUGGCCUUUCAGACUUGAUCUUUCUUGGAAUGUCAUGAGGUAAAACACACUGAAUAUAACUUUUCAGCUAUAUAAUUUAUUAAGUUGGUAAUUUAAUAUCAUACAUUUGCAAGUCCUCAACAGCACAAUUAACACACAGUUUAGCAUUAGAAGGCCAGGCUAAAAUGUGCAGCUUUAUCAGACUGCACAAUGCCACAUUAGUUACAAGCUUUGAGGGAGCGUGCAAUUGACAGGCUGACCAGAGCUGUUGCCCACGAAUUUAAUGUUACCAUAAGCCAUAUCCAUAGGCGUUUUAGAGUAUUUGAAAGUACGCCCAACCAGCCUCGCAACCUCCACAUCUGGCAUCUUCAUCUCCAAGAUCUUCUGUGACCAGCCUAUGGGACAGCUGCUCAGUUGCUCACAGCCAAAUAAUUUCUGCACAAAGUUGUCAGAAUCCACCUCAGGGAAGCUUAUCCACAUGAUUGUCCUCCUCAUUUGAAGUCUCCAUCUGCCUGUAGUUUGUCAUCGUACCUGACUUGAGCGGACAAAUGCUCACAUUUAAUGGCAUCUGGCAUUUUGGAGAGGUGGCCAGCAUACUCACUGGACAGGUCACUGAUCGAGCAUGCUUGGGAUACUUUAGAUCAUGCAUAGGCAAACUCUGUCUUUCUGUGCCUGCAGAGUUCCCCUCCAACACUAACCAAACAGACCUGAACAUGCUAAUCAGAGUCUUCGGGAUCACUUGAAAUCUAUAGGCAGGUGUAUUUGAUUAGGGUUGAAGCUAAACUCUGCUGGACACAAGUCCUCCAGGACUGAGCUUGUCCUUCCAUGCUCAAUAUGUAUAUGACAUUCCAGUUCCUGCCUACAUCCAGCAACUUGCAAAGCCAUUGAGUUGUGGACCAACAUUCCACAGGCUACAAUCAACAUCCUGAUCGACUCGAUGCAAAUGUGUUGCACUGUGUGAGGCCAAUGGUGGUCACAGCAGAUACGGAGUAUCUGAAGCUCCUCCUCCUUCAGUUCAGCUCCUCCUCCUUCAUGUGUAAAUACUGGAAUAUCCCCAUCAGCCCAGCAGUGUAGACGAGCAUCAGACCUUCAGCAAGGAGUGAAAUCCUCAGAGACUGAACAUGAGUGAUCCAGAACCUUGCAGAUUUACACAUGAAGAUCCUGAAGAGCAAACAGACCUAAUUGAUGAAAACGAGGAGAGUAAAAAGGAAAAACACAAUGUCAAAGCUGGGAAUAUAGCUAUGAAAGGAAGAGACCAGAAUCGUUUUACCUGCACCCAGUGUGGAAGGAGUUUGGGAAGCAAAAAGAGUCUUAAGACUCACAUGAUGAUCCACACCGGAGAGAAACCGCACACAUGUACUCAGUGUGGGAAGAGUUUCAGGUACUUAUCAUACAUUAUUCAACACAUGAAGAUCCACACUGGAGAGAAACCACACAAAUGUGAUCACUGCAGCAAAACAUUUGUGAGUGCUUCACAGCUGAAGGUUCAUCUUGCAGUUCAUAGAAGCGAGAAGCCUUAUUCAUGUCCUGUGUGUGAAAAGAGGUUUAAUUGGCAGUCAAAUUUAAAACAUCAUCAGAAGAUCCACACUGGUGUGAGAGAGUAUCUGUGCUUUGAGUGUGAGAAGACUUUUAUUUCAGCUGCAGAACUGAAACAGCACGAGAGGAUUCACACUGGAGAGAAACUGUACAAGUGUUCACACUGCGACAAGAGAUUCACUAAGUUUGCACAUCUGAAAUCACAUGAAAUUAUUCACACUGGAGAGAAACCGUAUAAGUGUUCACACUGCGACAAGAAAUUCGGCCAUUUGGGAAAUCUGAAAUCACAUGAAAUUGUUCACACUGGAGAGAAACCUUACAAGUGUUCUUACUGCAACAAGAGAUUCAGCCAAUCACAACAUCUAAAAUCACAUGAGAGGAUUCACACUGGAGAGAAACCUUACAUGUGUUCACACUGCGACAAGAGAUUCAGUCAGUUAAGAAGCCUGAAAACACAUGAAAUGAUUCACACUGGAGAGAAACCUUACAAGUGUUCACACUGCGACAAGAGAUUCAGUCGAUCAGAACAUCUGAAAAGACAUGAGAGGAUUCACACUGGAGAGAAGCCGUACACAUGUGAUCAGUGUCUACAGAGUUUCAGACACUUUAUCAAAUACUCAUCAUCCUUUAAUGAACACAUCAGGAUACACACCAGAGAGAAACCACACACGUGUACUCAGUGUGGUAAGAGUUUCAGACAAUCAUCAUGCCUUAACACACACAUGAGGAUCCACACCAGAGAGAAACCGUUCACAUGUACUCAGUGUGGGAAGAGUUUCAGCCAAUCAUCAUGCCUUAAUCGACACAUGAAGAUCCACACUGGAGAGAAACCGUUCACAUGUACAAAGUGUGGGAAGAGUUUCAGCCGAUCAUCACACCUUAAUAGACACAUGAAGAUCCACACUAGAGAGAAACUGUUCACAUGUACAAAGUGUGGGAAGAGUUUCAGUCACUCAUCACACUUUAAUAAACACAUGAGGAUCCACACCAGGGAGAAACCAUUCACUUGCACUCAGUGUGGGAAGAAUUUCAGCCGAUCAUCAAACCUUAAUCAACACAUGAGGAUCCACACUGGAGAGAAACCGUUCACAUGUACUCAGUGUGGGAAGAGUUUCAGCCAAUUAUCACACCUUAAUAGACACAUGAAGAUCCACACUGGAGAGAAACCAUUCAUGUGUACUCAGUGUGGGAAGAGUUUCAGUCGAUCAUCAUCCCUUAAUGAACACAUGAGGAUCCACACUGGAGAGAAACCGUUCACUUGCACUCAGUGUGGGACGAGUUUCAGCCAAUUAUCACACCUUAAUACACACAUGAGGAUCCACACUGGAGAGAAACCGUUCACAUGCACUCAGUGUGGGACGAGUUUCAGCCAAUUAUCACACCUUAAUACACACAUGAUGAUCCACACUGGAGAAAGACCAUUCACAUGCACUCAGUGUGGGACGAGUUUCAGAGACUCAUCAUCUCUUACUGCACAACUGAAACAGCAUGAGAGGAUUCACACUGGAGAGAAACCGUACAAGUGUUCACACUGCGACAAGAGAUUUAGACUGUCAGGAGCCCUGAAAUCACAUGAGAUGAUUCACACUGGAGAGAAACCGUUUAGGUGUUCACACUGUAAUAAGAAUUUCCGUCAAUCUAGAAGCCUGAAAACACAUGAGAUGAUUCACUCUGGAGAGAAAUCGUAGAUGUGAUCGGCGUCUACAGAGUUUCAGACAGUCAGAGCAGCUUAAGAAACACAUGAACAUCCACACUGGAGAAAAGCUGCACACAUGACGUCAAUGCAGCAAAGUGGUCUCUUGUGUUAAGAGAGUCUCACUCUGAACA